AGUAGGACUACGUUUAGAAGGCAGCCAUCUUGCAAUCCCUAAUCAAAGAUCUUCGGCUAGCGGCUAUCGCUGUCUGGUUUUCAGCCAGUUAAUAUCAACACACAGUUCAUCAAAUGGCUUUAAAACGAAUUAAUAAGGAACUUCAGGACCUUGGUAGAGAUCCACCGGCGCAAUGCUCUGCUGGUCCUGUAGGAGAUGAUUUAUUCCAUUGGCAGGCAACUAUUAUGGGACCACCUGACAGUCCAUAUCAAGGAGGAGUAUUUUUCCUUACAAUUCACUUCCCCACAGAUUACCCAUUCAAACCACCUAAGGUUGCUUUUACAACUAGAAUUUAUCAUCCAAAUAUUAACAGUAAUGGAAGUAUUUGUUUGGAUAUUUUAAGAUCGCAAUGGUCCCCAGCACUCACCAUAUCAAAGGUGUUACUAUCAAUAUGCUCUUUGCUCUGCGAUCCAAAUCCAGAUGAUCCUCUGGUACCAGAGAUAGCAAGGUUAUACAAAACUGACAGGGAGAAGUACAAUGAAUUGGCACGUGAAUGGACGCGCAAGUAUGCCAUGUGAUGCGCCAACCUCCGUUGACUUCAACAUCUAAAAACCACCAACAAGCAGCCCCAGCCUAUUGCCACUUAUGCAUCAGCACCGAUUGAAAUUAGUUAUGGCUCGUCUACUUUUAAACUUAAGCCAGCACUCGGGCUCGAAGAGUGCUCAGACAAACGUGGUCGAUCUGAAAUCCCCUUCGUCCUGAGAGGCCUGCGAAUAUUGAGACGUUGCCACAAUGGCAAUUGAGGCAAUUUUAAAGGUGGUCACAUAACAUUAUAUAUAUAAAUCAGGAAAAAAAAAGAAAUAUGUCCGCUUUGAUUUUCAUAAAUAAAAAUGGAAGUAAAAUAUAGGAGAGUGAAAGUAGGAUUUGUAUUUGAAUUUAAUAGUUUAAUUUCGAAUUAUUAUGCUUAUAAUACCGUAAUAUUAUGUACCUACUUUCUCAGUGAAAUGAAAACCUUUGAACUGACAGCACACCAAUUGUUAGUUUUAACGCAAGUGAGCAAUGUUUGCCCGUCCCUUGGAACGAUGCAGUCACUUUUUUGUAAGACUGGGCUAUAUAUAAAUACUACUGAAACUAUA